AGGUCUACUGAACCGGAUGCACGGAAAUGUCAUUAACCGUCAUUUGAGUUUCCUGCAGUAAAACACUUCUUCGUGGGUGGUGUUUGCAAGUUUUUAGAUAAAUGUUGUGGGUAAAGAACAAGUUAUAUGGACAUUUAAAAUCACAUUGUAAUCAAAAUACAAAAUGGAGUAUACGCAAAAAGUUUGAGUGUUAAACAAAAUGUGUUAUUAAUUGAAUAUACAUCACAUUUGCCAGGCCAGUUUCAAUGAACAUAACCUGGAAAUUGUCACUAUUUAUGCGAAAAAAAUGAAGUCGACAGGUCCAAAAGAGCAUCGUGGGUGUGUUCUUCUAAAACCUGAAGAAAAUGAAGAGAUUUUUCGAUUAAUUGGUAAUCGUUGUCAGUGCCUAGCUGCCGGAGUGAUCCAAUUGUAUUUAACUGAAGCUCCAACACACAGAGAAUGGAUAAAAAAGAAUACAGGUGUAAUAACAUUGAUAAGGGAUAACCCAAAGCGCAGUUAUUUCUUAAGAUUAUAUUGCUUACAAAGGAAAGCAAUGCUUUGGGAACAAGAACUGUAUAAUUCAAUGGAUUACAAUGCUCCCAUGGCAUAUUUUCAUACUUUUGAAGGUGAAGAUUGCAUGGCAGCAUUUAAUUUUGCUAACGAAACAGAAGCUAUGAUUAUGAGAAAUGUCAUUAUUGAAAGAUUAAAUAGUAAUAAACAAAGAAGACAAGAAAGAAAAGCUAAAAUGGAGGCUGAGGCUCAACAAAGAGUUGUAACGUUACCACGAAGAAGUCCAAGUAAUACACCAAAUUUUUUUUCAUCCAAUACUAGCGUCAAUAUUAUAAAUGGCACAUCAUCCUCUGUGGGCAUUAAUGGGGGUAUUUCUGGUGGCACAAUUUAUUUGAAAAAACAUAAACGUGAAAAAGAUCCUAAAAGAAAAUUGACAACUGCAGAUAUUGGUCAACCAUCUAAUUUUAGGCAUGUAGCACAUUUAGGAAGUGAUUCUACUAAGAUAGCUGAUCAAGAGUUACUUGAUCCAAUGAUUAAACAAUUAUUCGAUGCAGCAGGAAUACCACAAAGGCAUUUAUCAAGCCGAGAAACUCGUAGUUUUAUUUAUGAUUUCAUCGGUACACAUGGAGGUCUUACUGCAGUGCAAAAUGAGUUGGGUCAAUUAUCGAAUUCUCAAUUGACAACGCAAACAGAUAAUCAUCAAUUACCUCCACCUCCUCUUCCCCUUCCCACUGUUGACAACCCACCACCAAUUCCUGCAAGAACUGUUCCAGUUAAUACUAGCCCAAGUUUGAAUAAUAAUCAAACAAGGAGUCUAAGACCAUUGCCGCCAGUGCGAACAAAUAUUCCACCACCCCCACCAAGUGCUCCGCCUGCUCAUAGGACACUUCCUUCAAGGCCUCCACCACCUUCAGGAUCCCCCGCAUUACCUCCACCUCCUUCUGUCCCACCACCUCCACCAAGAAGUACCUCCAAUAUUUCAAACACAUCCAACUCUUCAAACACUUCAAGUAUUCCAACUCCACCACCUCCUCCACCUCCUCCGCCACCGUUACCAGAUUUUAAUGUAGACAAUGUUACAAGCAACGUCAAUUCGUCUUCUAGUAAUGGAAAUAGUAACGGUGAUACAUCGGAUUUAAGGCCAAAGUUAAUGGAUGCAAUCAGAAGUGGUACUACUAUUUUAAAGAAAGUGGAUCAAUCAGAAAAGAAACCUAAUCCAAUUGUAGAUUCAAGAAGUGAUUUAUUAAAUCAGAUUAGACAAGGUGUAGAAUUAAAACCGGUGAUUCAAAAUGAGCCAAAACCUAAUACAACUAUUGCUCAAGGUGGUCUUGCAGGUGCUUUAUCAAGAGCUCUAGCUGAAAGAUCACGAUUACUUGGGUAUUCAAAUGAUAGUCAAGAUUCAAGUAGUGAAAUAAGUGAAGAUGAUGAUGAGUGGGAUGAUUAGAAACACGUGGAGUAAUUAGCUAAAAAAAAUUUUCAUGUAAUUAAACAUAACAUAUAAACCAAUUAAAAAGGAAUAUAGUAAAAAA